CCGAGGUGCGCGCGCUCGCGCGUAUGUGUGUGAGUGCGUGUCCUGCUCGCUCCAUGUUGCCGCCUCUCCCGGUACCUGCUGCUGCUCCCGGGGCUGCGGGAAAUGCGAGAGGCUGAGCCGGGGAGGAGGAACCCGAGCAGCAGCGGCGGCGGCGGCCGCGGCGGCGGCGGCGGCGGCGGGAGGAGCCCCCCAGGAGGAGGACCGGGAUCCAUGUGUCUUUCCUGGUGACUAGGAUGUCGUCGGAGGAGGACAAGAGCGCGGAGCAGCCGCAGCCGCCGCCACCCCCCCCCGAGGAGCCCGGAGCCCCGGCCCCGAGCCCCGCAGCCGCAGACAAAAGACCUCGGGGCCGGCCUCGCAAAGAUGGCGCUUCCCCUUUCCAGAGAGCCAGAAAGAAGCCUCGAAGUAGAGGAAAAAGUACAGUGGAAGAUGAGGACAGCAUGGAUGGGCUGGAGACAACAGAAACAGAAAAUACUGUGGAAACAGAAAUCAAAGAGCAAUCAGCAGAAGAGGAUGCUGAAGCAGAAGUGGACCGCAGCAAGCGGCCAGUCCCAGCCUUCCAGCGUUCUGUGUCUGAGGAAUCUGCAGCCUCCCUGGUCUCUGUUGGUAUAGAAGCCAAAAUCAGUGAACAGCUCUGCGCUUUUUGUUACUGUGGUGAAAAAAGCUCCUUAGGACAAGGAGACUUAAAACAAUUCAGAGUAACGCCUGGAUUUAUUUUGCCAUGGAAAAACCAGCCUUCUAACAAGAAGGACGUUGAUGACAACAGCAGUGGAACUUGUGAGAAAAUACAAAACUCAACACCACGAAAACAAAGAGGACAGAGAAAGGAACGGUCUCCUCAGCAGAAUAUAGUACCUUGUGUCAGUGUAAGCACGCAGACUGCUUCCGAUGAUCAGACUGGUAAAUUAUGGGAUGAACUCAGUCUGGUUGGCCUUCCAGAUGCCAUUGAUGUCCAAGCCUUAUUUGACCCUACAGGCACUUGUUGGGCUCAUCACCGUUGUGUGGAAUGGUCACUGAGGGUGUGCCAGAUGGAAGAACCGUUCUUAGUGAACGUGGACAGAGCUGUUGUCUCAGGGAGCACAGAACGAUGUGCAUUUUGUAAGCACCUUGGAGCCACUAUCAAAUGCUGUGAAGAGAAAUGUACCCAGAUGUACCAUUAUCCUUGUGCUGCUGGAGCCGGCACCUUUCAGGAUUUCAGUCACUUCUUCCUUCUUUGUCCAGAGCACAUUGACCAAGCUCCUGAAAGAUCAAAGGAAGAUGCAAACUGUGCAGUGUGCGACAGCCCGGGAGACCUCUUAGAUCAGUUCUUUUGUACUACUUGUGGUCAGCACUAUCAUGGAAUGUGCCUGGAUAUAGCGGUUACUCCAUUAAAACGUGCAGGUUGGCAAUGUCCUGAGUGCAAAGUGUGCCAGAACUGCAAACAAUCGGGAGAAGAUAGCAAGAUGCUAGUGUGUGAUACGUGUGACAAAGGGUAUCAUACUUUUUGUCUUCAACCAGUUAUGAAAUCAGUACCAACCAAUGGCUGGAAAUGCAAAAAUUGCAGAAUAUGUGUAGAGUGUGGCACACGAUCUAGUUCUCAGUGGCACCACAAUUGCCUGGUAUGUGACAGUUGUUACCAACAGCAGGAUAACUUAUGUCCUUUCUGUGGGAAGUGCUACCAUCCAGAAUUGCAGAAAGACAUGCUUCAUUGUAAUAUGUGCAAAAGAUGGGUUCACUUAGAAUGUGACAAACCGACAGAUCAUGAACUGGAUUCUCAGCUCAAAGAAGAGUACAUCUGUAUGUAUUGCAAACACUUAGCUGAGAUGGAUCCAUUACAGCCAGGUGAUGAAGUGGAGAUGGCUGAACUCACUACAGAUUGUAACAAUGAAAUGGAAGUUGAAGGCCCUGAGGACCGCAUGGUAUUUCUGGAGCAAGCAGUUAAUAAAGAUGUCGAUGAUCAACAGCCCACACCUGGAAUUGUUCCAGAUGCAGCUCACAUCCACACUGGAGAGCAGCGGAGGAGUGAUCCACCAGGAAGUCAUGGCGCGCGUGGACUUCUCACUGCUGAAUCAUCGCAAGAUACAAUGAAUCCUGAAUUGGAAAAUCAGAUUUCUCAUGAAGUUGACAGUGAAGAAAUGGAAAUGCCUCCUAAAGCGAUGCAUGCUUGCGGUGCAGCUCAAAAUGAGAACAAAAUGGAAGUGACAGACAGCGCUGAAGCCCUUGCUCCCCAGGUCGCUGUGCAGCAGGGGGAAGUGCACUUGUUGGAGGGACCUAACAUGGUGGCGCCCCCAGAAGAAUCCCGGCCUCCGGGAGUCAACAUUGAAUCUGUCACUGUCCCGUCCCCGUCCCCGGGUGGGGAAGGUACGGCUUUAUGUUCUAAGGAACAGUUGGCCAUAGAAAGGGUACCAGAAGAAAUGGAACAGAAAGAAAAUCCUGAACCUUCUACUGCAUUUAUGGACUUCGAAGUGGCUCCUGCAAUUGAGAGUUGUGUGAAAGAUGGUGUAUGCCAAGAAAGCAAAUCUGUAAAAUUACCAUCUGAGACAGAGUCAUCAUUUUCAUCAGCAGCGGGCAUAAGCAAGGCAAAUGCGUCUUCCUCUCCAGCACUUUCUUCCGACUUGCCUUCCCACGACAUGCUGCACAGUUACCCGUCGGCUCCCAGUGCUUCUGCUGGAAACAUCAUGCCAACAACUUACGUCUCAGUCACCCCCAAAAUUGGCAUGGGUAAACCAGCUAUUACCAAAAGGAAAUUUUCUCCUGGUAGACCUCGGUCCAGACAGGGGGCUUGGAGUACCCAUAAUACAGUGAGCCCACCUUCCUGGUCCCCAGACAUUUCAGAAGGCCGGGAAAUUUUUAAACCCAGGCAGCUUCCUGGCAGUGCCAUUUGGAGCAUCAAAGUGGGCCGGGGGUCAGGAUUUCCAGGAAAGCGGAGACCUCGUGGUGCGGGACUGUCAGGACGAGGCGGCAGAGGCAGAUCAAAGUUGAAAAGUGGCAUCGGGGCAGUUGUGUUACCCGGGGUGUCUGCUGCCGAUAUUUCAUCAAAUAAGGAUGAAGAAGAGAACUCUAUGCACAAUACAGUUGUGUUGUUUUCUAGCAGUGACAAGUUCACUUUGCAUCAGGAUAUGUGUGUAGUUUGUGGCAGUUUUGGCCAAGGAGCAGAGGGAAGAUUACUUGCCUGUUCUCAGUGUGGUCAGUGUUACCAUCCAUACUGCGUCAGUAUUAAGAUCACUAAAGUGGUUCUGAGCAAGGGUUGGAGGUGUCUGGAGUGCACUGUGUGUGAGGCCUGUGGGAAGGCGACAGACCCAGGAAGACUCCUGCUGUGUGACGACUGUGACAUAAGUUAUCACACCUACUGCUUGGACCCGCCACUGCAGACAGUUCCCAAAGGAGGCUGGAAGUGCAAAUGGUGUGUGUGGUGCAGACACUGUGGAGCAACGUCUGCAGGUCUGAGAUGUGAAUGGCAGAACAACUACACACAGUGUGCUCCCUGUGCAAGCUUGUCCUCCUGCCCCGUCUGCUACCGAAACUAUAGAGAAGAAGACCUCAUUCUGCAGUGUAGACAAUGUGAUAGAUGGAUGCAUGCAGUUUGUCAAAACUUAAAUACUGAAGAGGAAGUGGAAAAUGUAGCAGACAUUGGUUUUGAUUGUAGCAUGUGCAGACCCUAUAUGCCUACAUCAAAUGUGCCUUCCUCAGACUGCUGUGAAUCUUCACUUGUAGCACAAAUUGUCACAAAAGUGAAAGAGCUAGAUCCACCCAAGACCUACACCCAGGAUGGUGUAUGUUUGACUGAAUCAGGGAUGACUCAGUUACAGAGCCUCACAGUUACUGUUCCAAGAAGAAAACGGUCAAAACCAAAGUUGAAGUUGAAGAUCAUAAAUCAGAAUAGCGUGGCCGUCCUUCAGACCCCUCCAGACAUCCAAUCAGAGCAUUCAAGGGAUGGUGAAAUGGAUGAUAGUCGAGAAGGAGAACUUAUGGAUUGUGAUGCAAAAUCAGAAUCUAGUCCUGAACGGGAAGCUGUGGAUGAUGAAACUAAGGGAGUAGAAGGAACAGAGGGUGUCAAAAAGAGAAAAAGGAAACCAUACAGACCAGGUAUUGGUGGAUUUAUGGUACGACAAAGAAGUCGAACUGGGCAAGGAAAAACCAAAAGAUCUGUGAUCAGAAAAGAUUCCUCAGGCUCCAUUUCUGAGCAGUUACCUAGCAGAGAUGAUGGCUGGAGUGAGCAGUUACCAGAUACUCUAGUUGAUGAAUCUGUUUCUGUCACUGAAAACACUGAAAAAAUAAAGAAGAGAUACCGAAAAAGGAAAAAUAAGCUUGAAGAAAUUUUCCCUGCCUAUUUACAAGAAGCUUUCUUUGGAAAAGAUCUUCUAGAUACAACUAGACAAAACAAACUAAGUUUAGAUAAUCUAUCAGAAGAUACAGCUCAGCUUUCUUACAAAACAAACAUGAACACAAAUUUCUUGGAUCCUUCCUUAGAUCCACUACUUAGUUCAUCCUCAACGCCGGCAAAACCUGGAACUCACGGUACCGCUGAUGAUCCCUUAGCUGACAUUUCCGAAGUCUUAAACACAGAUGAUGACAUUCUUGGAAUAAUUUCAGACGACCUUGCAAAAUCAGUUGAUCAUUCAGGUCUUGAUUUAUGCACUUUCCAGGUUGAGAGCUCAUCUUGUCCAUUUGCUGGAGUAGACGUUGGUGCCGGCGCCGAUGACCCUCCCUCUUUGCCUCAGCCAAGUGUCGGUCAGAGCUCACGGCCGUUAAGUGAAGAGCAGCUCGAUGGUGUCCUCAGCCCCGAGCUAGACAAAAUGGUCACAGAUGGAGCAAUUCUUGGAAAGUUGUAUAAAAUUCCAGAGCUUGGAGGAAAGGAUGUGGAGGACUUGUUUACCGCUGUGCUUCGUCCUGCGGCCACGCAGGCAGCUCCCAUACCACAGCCCCCUGCGCCUCAGCCGCUGCCCGUGCACACUCAGGAUGUUUUUUCACGGAUGCCACUCAUGAACGGCCUUAUUGGACCCAGUCCUCAUCUCGCACAUAAUUCUUUGCCUCCUGGAAGUGGACUGGGAACUUUCUCUGCUGUAGCACAGGCCCCCUACACUGAUGCCAGGGAUAAAAAUCCAGCAUUUAAUCCAAUGGCAAGUGACCCUAACGGCUCUUGGACAUCAUCAGCGCCCAUUAUGGAAGGAGAAAAUGAUACAAUGUCAAAUGCCCAGAGAAGUACACUCAAGUGGGAGAAAGAGGAGGCCCUGGGUGAAAUGGCAACAGUAGCACCAGUUCUCUACACAAAUAUUAAUUUCCCCAACCUAAAGGAAGAAUUCCCGGACUGGACUACUAGAGUGAAGCAAAUUGCCAAGCUGUGGAGAAAAGCAAGCUCGCAGGAAAGAGCACCAUACGUGCAAAAAGCCAGAGAUAACAGAGCUGCUUUACGCAUUAAUAAAGUACAGAUGUCAAAUGAUUCCAUGAAAAGGCAGCAACAGCAAGACAGCAUCGAUCCCAGCUCUCGUAUUGAUUCAGAUCUUUUUAAAGAUCCACUAAAGCAGAGAGAAUCGGAACAUGAACAGGAAUGGAAAUUCAGACAGCAAAUGCGCCAGAAAAGCAAGCAGCAGGCGAAAAUGGAAGCCACCCAGAAGCUGGAGCAGGUGAAGAGCGAACAGCAGCAGCAGCAGCAGCAGCUCGGCGCUCAGCCUCCUCCGGGGCAGCCCGGCCCAGACACGCCCAGCGCGGGGGUCCACAGCCCCGGGACCCCGCAGCCUGGCCCUGCAAGCGUGUCUCCUGCGCAGCCCUUCCCUAAGGACCUGUUUGCAAAGCCGCUGCCUGGCACCCCCGCUGCCGCGCCACCAGAUGACGUGUUUGUGAAACCACAGGCGCCACCUCCUCCUCCGGCGCCGUCCCGGAUCUCCAUCCCGGAGAGUCUGUCGCAGGCUCAGGCUUCUCAGCCGCCUUCCCCACAGAUGUUUUCCCCCGGACCUUCUAACUCCCGGCCGCCAUCUCCAGUGGAUCCUUAUGCGAAAAUGGUUGGUACCCCAAGACCACCUCCUGGGGGCCAUGGUUUUUCCAGAAGAAAUUCUGCACUGGUGGAAAACUGUGCACCUUUAUCAUCCGUAUCGAGGCCCGCUCAAAUGAGCGAGACAACAGCAAACAGGCCGUCCCCAGUCAGAGAUUUAUGUUCUUCCUCCGCAGCAAGUAGUGACCCCUAUGCAAAGCCUCCAGACACACCUAGGCCUGUGAUGACAGAUCCGUUUCCCAAACCCUUAGGCCUGCCCCGGUCACCUGUAGUUUCUGAACAAACUGCAAAAGGUCCUCUAGCGUCUGGAACCAGUGACCACUUUACUAAACCAUCUCCUAGGGCAGAUGCGUUUCAAAGACAACGGAUACCUGAUCCAUACGCUCGACCCUUGUUGACACCUGCACCUCUUGAUAGUGGCCCCGGACCUUUUAAAGCUCCAAUGCAGCCGCCCCCAUCCUCCCAGGACCCUUAUGGGUCAGUGUCACAGGCACCAAGGCGAUUGUCUGUCGACCCUUAUGAAAGGCCUGCUUUGACACCACGACCUGUAGAUAACUUUUCUCAUAACCAGUCAAGUGAUCCAUAUAGCCAGCCUCCCCUCACCCCACAUCCGGCAAUGAAUGAAUCUUUUGCUCAUCCUUCAAGGGCUUUUUCCCAGCCUGGAGCCAUAUCAAGGCCAACAUCUCAGGACCCAUAUUCCCAACCUCCAGGAACUCCACGACCUGUUGUAGAUUCCUAUUCCCAACCCCCAGGAACAUCUCGCUCCAAUCCAGACCCCUAUUCUCAACCUCCUGGAACUCCCCGGCCCACCACCAUUGAUCCGUAUAGUCAGCAGGCACCGACCCCAAGGCCGUCUGCCCAAGCAGACUUGUUUGUUACGUCUGCAGCUAAUCAGAGACGCUCUGAUCCACGGGCUCACCCUCCUGGAACGCCGAGACCUGGAAUUUCUGUUCCUUACUCCCAACCACCAGCAAUACCAAGGCCAAGGAUUUCAGAGGGUUUUACUAGGUCCUCAAUGACAAGACCAGUCCUCAUGCCAAAUCAGGAUCCUUUCCUGCAGGCAGCACAAAAUCGAGGAGCAGCCUUACCUGGCCCUUUGGUAAGGCCACCUGAUGCGUGUUCCCAAACACCCAGGCCACCUGGACCUGGUCUUUCAGACACUUUUAGCCGUGUCUCCCCAUCUGCCCCUCGUGACCCCUAUGAUCAGCCUCCCAUGACUCCGAGAUCUCAGUCUGACUCUUUCGGAACAAGUCAGGUUGCCCAUGAUGUCGCUGAUCAGCCACGGCCUAGAUCAGAGGGGAGCUUCAGUGCACCUUCCAACUCACCCAUGAAUUCUCAAGGCCAGCAGUUCUCUGGUGUGUCCCAGCUUCCCGGACCUGUACCGACCUCAGGAGUCACCGAUACACAGAGCACUGUAAACAUGUCUCAAGCAGAUACAGAGAAAUUGAGACAGCGACAGAAGUUACGUGAAAUCAUCCUCCAGCAGCAACAGCAGAAGAAGCUGGCAGGUCGACAGGAGAAAGGGUCACAGGACCCAGGAGCAGUGCCGCAUCCGGGGCCCCUGCAGCACUGGCAGCCGGAGAGUGUCAGCCGGGCUUUUACUCGGCCUCCACCCCCCUAUCCUGGGAGCAUCAGCUCUCCCGUUGGCCCUCCUCUAGGGCCUAGAUACGCUGUUUUCCCAAAGGAUCCGCGUGGACCCUAUACUCCUGAUGUUACUGGUAUGGGGAUGAGACCUCAUGGAUUCAGAUUUGGAUUUCCAGGAGGUAGUCACGGUACCUUGUCAAGUCAGGAACGCUUCCUUGUACCUCCUCAACAAAUACAAGGAUCUGGAGUUCCUCCACAGCUGAGAAGAUCUAUGUCUGUAGAUAUGCCCAGGCCUUUAAAUAACUCACAAGCGAAUAAUCCAGGUGGACUUCCUCCACAUUUUCCACCACAGAGCCUGUCAGUUCAACAGCAUAACAUACUGGGCCAAGCAUUUAUUGAAUUGAGGCACAGGACCCCUGAUGGAAGGCCUCGGAUGCCCUUCCCCGCUUCUCCUGGCAACGUUAUAGAGGCACCUUCUCAUCCAAGACAUGGAAACUUCAUUCCCCGGCCAGACUUUCCAGGCCCUAGGCACACAGACCCCAUGAGACGGCCUUCCCAAGGUCUCCCUCAUCAGCUGCCUGUGCAUCCAAACUUGGAACAAGUGCCACCAUCUCAGCAAGAGCAAAGACACCCUGUGCAUUCAUCUUCUGUGGUCAUGAGGUCUCUGAGCCACCCCUUAGGGGGUGAGUUUGCAGAGGCCCCUUUGUCGACAUCUACACCAGCUGAAACAACAUCUGAUAAUUUACAGAUAGCCACCCCGUCUUCUGGCGGUCUCGAAGAGAAGCUUGAUUCUGAUGACCCAUCUGUCAAAGAACUAGAUGUUAAAGACCUCGAGGGGGUUGAAGUCAAAGACUUAGAUGAUGAAGAUCUUGAAAAUUUAAAUCUAGAUACAGAGGAUGGCAAGGGAGAUGAAUUGGAUACUUUAGGUAAUUUGGAAACUAAUGAUCCCAACCUGGAUGACCUCUUAAGGUCAGGAGAAUUUGAUAUCAUUGCCUAUACAGAUCCAGAACUUGACCUGGGAGAUAAGAAAAGCAUGUUUAACGAGGAACUAGACCUUAAUGUUCCAAUUGAUGAUAAGUUAGAUAAUCAGUGUGUAUCUGUUGAACCCCCAAAAAAGGAGCAAGAUGACAAAAGUAUGGUUCCUUCUGAUAAACAUUCUCCUUGGAAAAAAGCCGCUGUCAGCAGUGAGAUUAAAACAGAAGUACUGUCUCCAGAUUCUAAAGGGGAAACCAAAUGUGAAAGUGAGAAAAGUGAUGAGGGUAAAGAUGCUGUUGACGCCCCCUGCCCACAGGCCCCUGCUCAUGCAGACGCGAAUGAUGGGGAACAGGCUUCUUUGCAGUCCUGUGAUGCAGAUCUACUUGAGAAAAGAACUAAUCGAGAAACGGCUGGCUCCAACACUAGUGUUCGUGGGUCCACUCAGCUGCCUGCUGAAGAUGUGAUAAACUCUUGCAGCAUACCUGGAUCAACUCCAGUCCUCUCAAGUUUACUUGCUAAUGAAAAAUCUGAUAAUUCAGACGUUAGGCCAUUGGGGUCUCCACCACCAACUUUGCCGGCCUCACCGUCCAGUCACGUGUCAAGUUUGCCUCCCCCUCUAAUGACGCCGCCUGGUCAUGCUUUGGAUAAUACCUUGAGUUCUAAUGUGACAGUAGUCCCUAGAUUAAACCAUACUUUCCCGCAGGGUGUGCAGGUGAGUCCAGGAUUCAUUCAGGGUCAGCCGACAGUGCAUCGCAGUUUUGGAACAGGAAAGCCCGUGAGUCAGACCGUACCUCUGACAAGCCCGUCUGCAGCCAGUGGCAUGUCUGGGCCCCAGCAGCUGCUGGUCCCUCAGACGACCGCCCAGCAGAAUAGAGAGAGGCCCCUCCUUCUGGAGGAGCAGCCUCUACUUCUGCAGGACCUUCUGGAUCAAGAGAGACAAGAACAGCAACAGCAAAGACAGAUGCAAGCCAUGAUCCGUCAGCGGUCUGAACCGUUCUUCCCGAAUAUCGAUUUUGAUGCAAUUACAGAUCCUAUAAUGAAAGCCAAAAUGGUGGCCCUUAAAGGCAUAAAUAAAGUAAUGGCACAAAACAAUAUGGGCAUGCCACCAAUGGUUAUGAACAGGUUCCCCUUUAUGGGCCAGUCGGUGACUGGAACACAGACUGGUGAUGGCCAGACUCUCCUUCCACAGGCAGUUACUCAGGAUGGCAGUAUAACACAUCAGAUUUCUAGGCCUAAUCCUCCAAAUUUUGGUCCAGGCUUUGUCAAUGAUUCACAACGUAAACAGUAUGAAGAAUGGCUUCAGGAGACCCAGCAGCUUCUUCAGAUGCAGCAGAAAUAUCUUGAAGAACAAAUCGGUGCACACAGGAAAUCCAAGAAGGCCCUUUCAGCUAAACAACGUACCGCCAAGAAAGCUGGGCGUGAGUUUCCAGAAGAGGAUGCAGAGCAGCUCAAGCACGUCACUGAACAGCAAAGCAUGGUUCAGAAGCAGCUAGAACAGAUUCGUAAACAACAGAAAGAGCAUGCCGAGUUGAUUGAAGAUUAUCGGAUCAAGCAGCAGCAGCAGUGUGCCAUGGCCCCGCCCACCGUGAUGCCAGGUGUCCAGCCCCAGCUGCCCCUGGUUCCAGGCGGCCCCCCGCCCACCAUGAGCCAGCCCAGCUUCCCCAUGGCGCCGCCGCAGCUCCAGCACCAACAGCACACAGCGGUCCUGUCCGGCCACACGAGCCCUGCUAGGAUGCCCAGUUUACCUGGAUGGCAGCCUCCCGGUGCCCCUUCUCACCUCCCCCUCAAUCCUCCCAGGAUCCAGCCUCCAGUUGCCCAGUUACCAAUAAAAACUUGCCCACCAGCCCCAGGGGCAGUGUCAAAUGCAAAUCCACAGAGUGGACCACCACCACGGGUGGAAUUCGAUGACAAUAACCCGUUCAGUGAAAGUUUUCAAGAACGGGAACGUAAGGAACGUUUACGAGAACAGCAGGAAAGACAGCGGAUCCAGCUCAUGCAAGAAGUAGAUAGACAGAGAGCUUUGCAGCAGAGGAUGGAAAUGGAGCAGCACGGCAUGAUGGGCUCGGAACUGAGCAGCAGGACGCCUGUGUCCCAGAUUCCAUUCUACACUUCUGACCUGCCUUGUGAUUUUACGCAACCUCCAAGACCCCUUCAGCAGCCUCCACAGCAGCAACAGCAAGCGGGGCCGGUUUUACAGCAGCAGAACAUACAGCAAGGGUCUAUUAAUUCACCCCCCACCCCAAACUUCAUGCAAACCAAUGAGCGAAGGCAGAUGGGACCUCCCUCGUUUGUUCCUGACUCACCAUCAAUUCCUGGUGGAAGCCCAAAUUUCCAUUCUGUGAAGCCGGUACAUGGAGGUGUUCCUGGGGCCAGCUUCCAGCAGUCCCCGGUGAGGCCUCCUUUCACACCCGCUUUACCCGCGGCACCUCCAGUGGCUAAGAGCAGUCUCCCCUGUGGCCAAGACCCGGCUGUAAGCCGUGGACAGAGUUACCCAGGAUCAGCCCCGUCUCUCAUUCAGCUGUAUUCUGAUAUAAUCCCAGAAGAGAAAGGGAAAAAGAAGAGAACAAGGAAGAAGAAGAAAGACGACGAUGCGGAGUCUACCAAGGCACCUUCUACUCCGCAUUCGGACGUAACCGCUCCACCAACCCCGGGUGUCUCAGAAGCUGCCUCUGCUCCCACCGUGAGCGCACCCGGCGAGCGCCCUCCACCCGGCGAGCGCCCUCCACCCGGCGAGCGCCCUCCGCAGGGAGAACCCGAGUCAGUGGAAUCAGGCGACCUGUCGCCUCCUGACCCGGCAGCGGGCCCGCUGUGCACAGAACCGGAGAACAAACUGCCCAGCGGUGACUUCGCACGAGGAACCCCAGGUCAACAGACCUGUGCGAGUUCAGAGGUGGAUAAGCACCCCGUCGACGCCCCUGCCCCCACUGGGGAGAUGAAACUGGAGUCAGCUGAGCCGGAGCAGCGCCCGGGCCCAGAUGGGCCUGAACUGGAGGAGCGCCCUGGGGAUCGGGCCAAAGAAAGGGCUGUGGCCGGCGCUGCCUGCCCGGGGCAGAGUCCUCCCCGACCUGCCGGCGCUCCUGCUGCCAAAGGAGAUUCAGGCAAUGAGCUUCUGAAGCACCUGCUGAAAAAUAAAAAGGCAUCUUCCCUUUUAAAUCAAAAAGCGGAAGGGAGUUUUUGUUCAGAAGACGACGGUACGAAGGAUAGCAAACUGGUUGAGAGGCAGAACCCAGCCGACGUGCAAACUUUGGGGGCUCAAGUGCAAGGUGGUUUUGGAUGUGGCAACAGCCAGUUGCCAAAAACAGAUGGAGGAAGUGAAACCAAGAAACAGCGAAGCAAAAGGACUCAGAGGACCGGAGAGAAGGCAGCACCUCGGUCGAAGAAAAGGAAAAAGGAAGAAGAGGAGAAACAAGCGAUGUUCUCUACCACCGACACCUUUACCCACCUGAAGCAGCAGAAUAAUUUAAGUAAUCCUCCAACACCCCCUGCCUCUCUUCCUCCUACACCACCUCCUAUGGCUUGUCCGAAGAUGGCAAAUGGUUUUGCAACAACUGAAGAACUUGCUGGAAAAGCUGGAGUAUUAGUGAGUCAUGAAGUUACCAAAAGCCUAGGACCUAAACCAUUUCACCUGCCGUUCAGACCGCACGAUGACUUGUUGGCCAGAGCGAUUGCUCAAGGCCCAAAGACAGUGGACGUUCCUGCUUCACUCCCAACACCGCCUCAUAAUAAUCAGGAGGAAUUAAGGAUACAGGACCACGGGGGUGACCGGGACACCCCUGACAGUGUUGUGCCCUCAUCCUCUCCUGAGAGUGUGGUCGGGAUGGAAGUGAGCAGAUACCCAGACCUGUCCCUGGUCAAAGAGGAGCCUCCAGAGCCCGUGCCGUCGCCCAUCAUCCCAAUCCUACCGAGCAGCACCGGGAAAGGGUUGGAAUCUAGAAGGAAUGACAUCAAAACUGAGCCGGGCACUUUAUUUUUCACGUCACCUUUUGGUUCAUCACCAAAUGGUCCCCGAUCGGGUCUCAUAUCUGUGGCAAUCACUCUGCAUCCUACAGCUGCUGAGAACAUUAGCAGUGUUGUGGCUGCAUUUUCCGACCUCCUCCACGUUCGGAUUCCUAACAGCUACGAGGUUAGUAAUGCUCCAGAUGUUCCAUCCAUGGGUUUGGUCAGUAGCCACAGAGUAAACCCAGGUUUGGAGUAUCGACAGCGUUUAUUUCUUCGUGGGCCUCCACCAGGAUCUGCAAACCCUCCCAGACUAGCCAGCUCUUACCACCUGAAGCAGCCUACUGUGCCCUUCCCUCCAGCAAGCAAUGGCCUUUCUGGGUGCACGGGCACUAGUCACGGUGUCACAGAAAGUGCGGCUCUCAGGCCACAGUGGUGCUGCCACUGUCAUGUCGUCGUUCUGGGCCACGGCGUGAGGAAGCCGGCCAGAGACCCGGCCUUUGUGAGCAAGGGUUCCCGAGACAGCUCCAGCAGAGCGGAGAAGGACAUUGUCUUCUGUAGUAAUAACUGCUUUAUUCUCUAUUCAUCAGCUGCACAAGCAAAAACCUCAGAAAGCAAGGAAUCCGUUCCUUCAUUGCCACACUCGCCCAUAAAAGAGACGCCUUCCAGAGCGUUUCAUCAGUACAGUAACAACAUCUCCACUCUCGACGUGCGCUGUCUGCCGCAGCUCCAGGAACAAGCUUCGCCCCCAGCCUCACCGCCCAUCACUUUCCCUCCUGCUUUUGAAGCAGCCAAAGUGGAGGCAAAGCCAGAUGAGCUUAAGGUAACGGUCAAGUUAAAGCCUCGGCUACGAACUGUCCACGGUGGGUUUGAAGACUGUCGGCCGAUCACUAAAAAGUGGAGAGGGAUGAAGUGGAAGAAGUGGAGCAUCCACAUUGUGGUCCCCAAGGGGACCAUCACGCCCCCCUGCGAAGAGGAAAUCGAUGACUUUCUGAAGAAACUGGGCACUUCCCUGAAACCCGAUCCUGUGCCCAAAGACUAUCGCAAGUGUUGUUUCUGUCACGAAGAAGGCGACGGGUUGACAGAUGGACCAGCGAGGCUGCUCAACCUCGACUUGGACCUGUGGGUCCACUUGAACUGUGCCCUGUGGUCCACGGAGGUGUACGAGACCCAGGCUGGUGCCUUAAUAAACGUGGAGCUGGCCCUGAGGAGAGGCCUGCAGAUGAAAUGUGUCUUCUGCCAUAAGAUGGGGGCCACCAGCGGGUGUCACAGAUUUCGAUGCACCAACAUUUAUCACUUUACUUGCGCCAUUAAAGCACAAUGCAUGUUUUUUAAAGAUAAAACUAUGCUUUGUCCCAUGCACAAACCAAAGGGAAUCCACGAGCAGGAAUUAAGUUACUUUGCCGUCUUCAGGAGGGUCUACGUGCAGCGUGAUGAGGUACGACAGAUCGCCAGCAUCGUGCAGCGGGGCGAGCGCGACCACACCUUCCGUGUGGGAAGCCUCAUCUUCCACACGAUCGGCCAGCUGCUUCCCCAGCAGAUGCAAGCGUUCCACUCUCCCAAAGCGCUCUUCCCCGUGGGCUACGAGGCCAGCCGGCUGUACUGGAGCACGCGCCACGCCAACCGCCGCUGUCGCUACCUGUGCUCCAUCGAGGAGAAGGACGGGCGCCCCAUGUUCGUCGUCAGAGUCGUGGAGCAGGGCCACGAAGACCUCGUCUUAAGUGGCACCUCCCCCAAAGGUGUUUGGGAUAAGAUUUUGGAGCCUGUGGCAUGUGUGAGAAAAGAGUCGGAAAUGCUGCAGCUCUUCCCAGCCUACUUAAAAGGGGAGGAUCUCUUCGGCUUGACCGUCUCUGCGGUGGCGCGGAUCGCAGAAUCACUCCCUGGGGUUGAGGCGUGUGAAAACUACACCUUCCGGUACGGCCGGAACCCUCUCAUGGAGCUGCCCCUGGCCGUCAACCCCACAGGUUGUGCCCGUUCUGAACCUAAAAUGAGUGCCCAUGUCAAGAGGUUUGUGUUAAGGCCUCACACCCUGAACAGCACCAGUGCCUCCAAGUCGUUUCAGAGCACCGUCACCGGGGAGCUGAGCGCACCUUACAGCAAGCAGUUCGUCCACUCCAAGUCGUCCCAGUACCGCAAGAUGAAAACCGAGUGGAAGUCCAAUGUGUACCUGGCCCGGUCUCGGAUUCAGGGGCUGGGCCUGUACGCUGCUCGGGACAUCGAGAAGCACACCAUGGUCAUCGAGUACAUCGGGACCAUCAUCCGGAACGAAGUCGCCAACAGAAAGGAGAAGCUUUACGAGUCCCAGAACCGAGGCGUGUACAUGUUCCGCAUGGAUAGCGACCAUGUGAUCGACGCCACGCUCACGGGAGGGCCUGCCAGGUAUAUCAACCAUUCGUGCGCACCUAACUGCGUGGCUGAGGUGGUGACUUUCGAGCGAGGACACAAAAUCAUCAUCAGCUCCAGUCGGCGGAUCCAGAAGGGAGAAGAGCUUUGCUAUGACUAUAAGUUUGACUUUGAGGACGACCAGCACAAGAUCCCCU